AUGUCGAAAAUUAUUGUUAUAACCAGUGUCACCGGUGCCCAAGGAUCAUCAAUUGCUGAGACAUUUCUCCGCUUCCCAGAAUGGCGAGUUCGAGGCACAACGCGCAAUCCAGCAAGUCCGGCUGCUCAAGUAUUAGCAGAAAAUGGAGUCGAAAUCGUUCAAGCGGACUUUGAUGACAGACCAUCACUUUCUUCAGCUUUUCAAGGAGCUACUGUAAUCUACUCCAAUACCGAUUUCUUCGUGCAUCUCUUCACAGGCAUAUCCACAGGCGCGCCUCCUGGCCGCACAGUCCUCGAACACGCAUAUGAUCGGGAAGUUGCUCAAGGGAUCAAUAUCGCAGAAGCAGCUGCUUCACCGAGCGUUCUCGAAACGUUGGAAUAUUUCAUAUACUCCUCUUUGAGCGAUGCAACGAAAUGGAGUAAAGGUAAAUAUACCUCGGUAUAUCAUUUUGAUUCGAAAGCAGAAACAGUCCGGCAGGUUGAAUCUCGAUUCCCGGAUUUGGCAGCGAGAAUGAGUACCCUCCAAAUGGGAUAUUAUGUCACGAACUGGAAAGCUUUUCCACCCAUGGCACCGCAGAAACAGGUCGAUGGGAGUUUUUUGUUCGAGAGACCUUUGAGUCCAGAUAGUGUGGUGGAGUUUGUCGUGACGCAGAGAGAUACGGGAGGGUUUGUUAAAGCAUUGAUUGAGAUGUCGCCAGGAAAGAAUCUCAUAGGUGUUUCGGAGAGAAUGACUUGGAAAGAAUGGACGAAGAUUUGGGGGGAUGCUUUAGGGGUCAAGGCGGAGUUUAGACAGGUCUCUAAAGAAACGUUUUGGAAAGGGGUACCGGAUGCUAUGAGGGAGUUGCAGGUUGCUUGGGAGUAUGUGGAUGAGUUUGGUCAUACGGGUGGUGAUCCGGAGGUUUUGAGACCGGAUGAGCUCACCGUCAAGAUCCCCGUGACGUCGAUGGAGGAGUAUAUAAAGAGUGAAGACUGGUCAGCUGUCUUGAAUUCUUAA